AUGACUGUCCUUGAUACUCUUCCGAGCCUUUUGGUCUCGAGUUUCACAGCAAAAGUUGCUGCAGUACUAGCCAUACCAUUCUUCCUCCUCACAAUAACCUACAUAAUCGUCGUCCCGAAUAUCCUCAAAGACCCACGCCGCCGGCACCUCCCUCCGGGCCCCCUCGGCCUCCCCUUCAUCGGCUCUCUCCUCGAGCUCUCAGACACCGAACUCGUCCGACACAAAGUACAAGCCUGGCACCGCAAGUACGGCGAUGUAUUCCACACGAAAAUCGGUGCCACAGACUACAUAUGGCUCUCAUCUCCCCAGGCAGUAAAAGACCUCAUGGACAAGCGCUCCAGCAUUUACUCCUCACGCCCACCCUCACCCCUCGCCCAAGACGUCGCCUCCGCUGGUCGCCGUCAACUGUUCAUGCCGUACGGGCCCCGCUGGCGCAGUAUCCGCAAGCACAGCCACGCGCUGCUCAACCUAGGAAGUAGCAUAAAAUACCAACCAGUCCAAGACUACGAGUCCAAGAUCCUGCUUACCCAGUUGUUGCAAGACCCAGAUUCCUUCGCUUCGAUAAACCGGCGGUAUGCCGCUAGCGUCAUCAUGCAGGUAACCUACGGGCAGCGCAUCGCAGACUGGGAUGCCCCGCUGAUCAAGCGCAUCUACGACGUUUUGGAGCGUUUCACCGAGAUGACGGCGCCGGGGGCGUGGGCGAUUGAGUCGUUUCCUUUCCUCGCGUCGUUGCCGCAAGGGUUACUUGGGAACUGGAGGGCGCAUGGUGAGCGGAUUCACGUACUGGAUAAGGCGGUUUACAUGGAUUUGUGGACAGAGUUGAAGCGCGCGACGGAUGCGGGGACGGCAAAAGAUUGCUUUACGAAGAAGUUUUACCUGGAUGAUCCGGCGAGCGCGGGCAUCGAUGAUUUAUCCGCGGCGUAUACGUGUGGUGGGCUUAUCGAGGCUGGGUCUGAGACGACGGGGACGGUGUUAAAUAAUUUUUUGUUGGCUAUGGUGUUGUUUCCUGAGACGCAGAGAGUGGCGCAGGAGGAGUUGGAUAGAGUUGUGGGACCGGGGAGGUUACCCGAGUGGGAAGAUGAGGAACAUUUGCCGUAUCUGAGGGCGAUGAUGAAGGAGGUUCUGAGGUGGAGGCCGGUUAAUAAGGCCGGCAUGAUGCAUGCUAGUAGUGAGGAGGAUUGGUAUCGGGGGUGGUUUAUUCCAAAGGGAAGUGUGGUUAUGCUGAAUUGGUGGGCUAUUCAUAUGGACCCCUCCCUCCAUCCAUCCCCCACUAUAUUCUCCCCCUCUCGAUACCUCAAUUCACCUCUCUCCUCCGCUCAGUACAUGACCUCCGCCGACCCCUCUGCCCGCGACCACUUCUCCUUCGGUGCCGGCCGCCGCGCCUGCCCGGGUGUCCACGUCGCUGAACGUUCCAUGUUUAUCAACAUGGCACGCGUCCUCUGGGGCUUUUCCAUACGCAAGAAGAUUGGUAAAGAUGGCAAAGAGGUCCCAGUUUCGGAUAAGAUGAUGCCAGGCUUCUUCAGUGUGCCAGAACCGUUCGAGGCGGAUAUUAGACCGAGGAGUGAAGCGCAUGCAAGGGUUAUGAGGGAGGAAGGAGAGAGAGCUGAGAGGGAAGGGUUGAGACAUUGA